CCGUCUUCGCUAGUGGAUCGACGAUGGGGGACCGCGGUGAUUCGUGUUCACCACCUCUGCCUCUUAUUUCACCUUCAUUAUUGAAUUAUACCCCAAAAAUCAAAUCAUGCUUGUGACAAGUGUAGAAUCUAUCAAUACUAGGUUUUUUGUAAAAUGCCGGGACCGGCUAAGAAGGCUGACAAGAAGCUCACACCGAGGAAGAAGCCCAGUUCCUUUUCCGGAGACGUUACCAUCAAUGAUUUUGCCAACUCUCCGGGUGUUCAUAAUAGAUUGAGGAAAGCUGCUGCGAAAAACGACACAGAAUUACAAUCAGAAGUUGUAGAAGAGCAAAUGAAGAAGUAUUCGCGAUCAAGGAGAAAAAAUAAAGCGAUUGAAACACCAGAAGAUGAUACCAGUGGAAUCGAUUAUCCCCUGGACUUGUGGUUUUUGAUAUCAGAGUAUAUUGCACCUGAAGCAGUCGGAAAAUUUGCGAGAAUUUGCAAAGGUUCUAACCAUGUUGUUAAAACCGCCAAAUUUUGGUUUCACCUUUACAAGAGAUUUUAUAAAAACACUGGAAAUUUGCCGGAGAGGUUGACUCCAGCGUGUAUGGUACGGCCUUAUGGACUCCGUGCUUGUGUAAUCAGAACUUUACACUUCACUUAUUUUUCGUCGGCCGAUAGAAUAGGACAAAAUCCAUAUUCUGGACAAGAGGAGCCACACUCGCUGAUUAAGAGACGUUGUUGUCUUAUGUGGCAUAAAAAAGGUGAGACCCGUUGGUAUUUCUAUUUUAAACUGAAGGAGAUGAACACUUCCCGUGCCGUAAAAAAAAGGAUCACCUGGGAUGAUGAUCAGAGAUCAGACCUCACAGAAAUGCUAGAGGACGUGUCCAUAAAUUCAGAGGAAGGGUGUCGAAUUCUUCGCGUAGCUUGCUUGAAAUACAGCAUGGUGCCUCUGGUGAUUGGACUCAUUCUCCAAACCGUCAAGCUCGACUUAUCUCCCGGCUUCGAUCACCACAGACUCCAACUGAGCUUUGGCACGAGUUUCAUUCCAAAAACACCGACCCAAGUCGUCGUAUUGAGUGGAGUCGUUGACUGCAAGGUUCUGGACUGGUGGCAUCCAUGCUAUCCUCACCAGGACACUGACUCCACACUUUUACAACCUGUUGCUGAGUCCUGGGACACACCGAAUUUCUUCGACUCACCUCUGCAGAUGUACGAGCCAUUGAGCCUGCAGUCUGAUUGAUCAUUUUUGUACAAGCUUCGUGUGAUUGGAUAAUUUUUUUUAUAAGUUAUGAACUCAUUAAAUUCAUCAGCUCUGAUGGAAAAAUUA